CUCAACGAUCAAUCAUCCUCAACAUGUCCAUCGCGAUCAUCGGCGGCGGCCCUGGCGGCCUCACCCUAGCCCUUCUACUGCAUAGAAAAAACAUCCCCUUCACCGUGUACGAACGACGGGCGAGACCAACCGCCGCCGAACUGGCCUCUCCGUCUGGCAUGCUCGACAUGCACGAUGAGUCGGGGCUGGCGGCCUUGCGCGAGUGCGGGGUAUACGACGACUUUUUCAAUCUCACCACCGAAUGCUCCGAGGCCCAAAAAGUGGCCGACAAGGAGGGCAACAUUCUGUACGAUGAAAACACUUACGAUACUUCUGCUCCGAUUGAUACGCAUCGACCGGAAAUCUCCCGACACGCACUCGUCGGCCUGUUACUCUCCCGCCUGCCCGAGGGGAGCAUCAAAUGGAACCAUAGAGUGGAGGACAUCUCUAUUGAAAACAAGACAAAUGAUAGAAUCAAGAUCACCUUUAAUUCGUCGCCCACUGUUCACGUCGACAUCCUCAUCGGCGCCGACGGGGCCUGGUCGACGGUUCGCAAGGCUCUGACCCCCUCGCAGCCAAUCUACAGCGGUAUUCAGAACGUAACAGCCACUGUCCGCAAUGUACGGCAGCGGUAUCCUUCUCUCGCCGCGCUGGUAGGAACAGGCAGCUUUGCGGCGCUGGGAAUGCGACACAGCGUGAUGACCCAGCGGGGGCCGCAGGACUCGGUGCGCGUGUAUCUCAUGAUUUCUUCUCCGGAGGAGGAUUUCCCUUCUACCAGCGGCAUGAAGGGGGAGACGGCAGAGCAUGUCGCGACAGAGAUUCUGUUGAAGCAGGAUUCCCUUUUUGCAACCUGGGGGGAUAAUGUGAAGGAAUUGAUUGCUGUCGCGUGCAGGGAGGAGACUCUUGAUCAUCCAGGAGAGCCUGUGGAUGUCAAGCCUCUGUAUCGCCUGCCGGUCGGUUUGGAAUGGAAUCAUGUCCCUGGCGUUACACUUAUCGGGGAUGCCGCUCAUCUCAUGUGUCCCUGGGCAGGUGAAGGAGUGAAUCUCGCCAUGUGGGAUGCCCUGUCGCUUGCAGAAGUCAUCGGGAAAGCCUAUGGUGGUAAACAUUUGGCUAACUUUGAUCCCCUCUUGAAACAAUUCGAGGUUGACAUGAUCGCUAGAGCAAAGGAAAAGGCACAAGAAACCUUGCAGAAUGGAGAGUGGAUGUUUGGCGACGAUGGAGCAAGGAUCUUUGCGGACUUCUUUCGCAAUAUGGCGGAAGGUAACUAAUACUACAAUGUAACUACGAACUACUAUUAAAUAUGUCAUAGAAACGAGUUAUCCUUUAGCUAGCAUCAAAGCAAUAUAUCAAGUGAAAAAAGC